AUGGAGCUUGAUGCCAAUCCCGGAGCGCCACUCCAACGGGUACCCGCUGAGAUCCUAGACGUUGUUAUAUCACAGCCUUGUUUGGGAAAUGAAGACGUGAAAAGCCUGCGGUUGGCUUCAAAAGUCUUUGAGCGAUUGUGUGCUCGCCAUUUGUUUCGGCAAAUCUCCAUAUCAGCCGUUCGACGUGAUUGGGAAGCUUUCUUGAGCAUUGCACACUCACCUGCUCUGGCGUGCUUCGCUCAAACUCUUGUCUGGCAAGAGUUAUCAGGAAACUUUGAGUACCUACGCGAUGAAAGCUUUGAAAGAGCUAUAGGACCGAAGCCUCGACGGAACUCAGCUGAUGACGAUAUUACUUUGUCCACACUGGCUGCACAAGUUGUGCCACUGUUCUGGCUGACACCAGAACAUACAUGUACUACAGCACUGAAUAAUGGCGACAAGGAAUCCGUCAAAUGCCUACCUUUCUGGAACGACUUCGUUAAUGCGGUGGAUAAAUUACCAUCCCUUCGAUUACUUGUGUCACAACCGAUGCAUCCCGAUCGUCUGGUCCAGUCGCCUACCAGUGGCUACCCCUUGACAGCCCGUGCAAUCAUCUCGUUUCUUCAAUUUCCAUCACGAUGGGAAGGCUUUACUGGUUCUUUCAAUCUUGGUUUCUUGUUCUAUCUCAUACCUUUGCUGAAACUUUACGCCCGACGAGGAGACGUGCAACGUUGGAAACUCAGCUUCACUGAAGAGACAGAAAUUGGAGGAACCUCUCUUGAGCACCUAAAGCCACAAGAUGCUUCAGCAUUCAGACAACUUGAUCACCUGCAACUCAGAAUAUUUGAAGAGAACUUUUCACCAGCCAGAGAUAUAUCUGGAUUGGCAGCCGGUCUCGCCCCGGCUGUCCAUUUGACUCAUUUCCACUUGAGAUAUACACAAGCAAGAAAAUUCAAGGGAAUCGCCAUGCCGGCCAGCGCCCCCAUCCACAGAAGUCCAUUAUAUGAGAUACCUACAUUGCCAUCGCUUCGAUUCCUGUGCCUCGACGAAGUUGUUCUAGAAAACGGCUUCAUCGACACUCCUGAAAACAGCCGCACUUGCUGUCUUGACCAUAAACAACCUGCUUUCGUGGAUAUUGUCAAACGUCAUGCCGCCACACUAAAGAGUCUUUACGGUUUUGCCUCGGCCGCGACAGAACACAAAAUAAGCAGGUCAUUCGAUGAGGCAAUUGGACUCUGGGUGGACGAGUGCGGUGUAUACCAUGACCCGAGGAUAGACCAGGAGGUGACUCCGUGUAGCCGAGCAUGUCCUCAUCCUGGAGACUGGGAAGUCCAAAACGACAGAAAAUGGGAUAACAAACUCGGGCUAUGGAGAGGCAUCCUACCAGGUAACAAUCUCCAACUGCACAGGUUUGCUAUUGACAGAUCCGCAAGCACCAGCCUUGAGAACGACCCAGACCAGUACAGUGAGAACAUCCCUAGCCUCUACGGCGAAUACUAUUCCAUCACAGACGAAAAUCCCGCGAACACAGAGCAUCCAGUAUGCUACUGGGAAGUUUAUGACGGCCAGUCCGGCCAUCCCACAGAAGUGUGGCACUUUAUACACAGGAACGGUGAAGAGGCGUACGGCCAAGAUCCGCUCGACUUCUGGUCCGACUGGAAAGGAAAUGCGUGGGGGGACAAGGCUAUCGCCACGCCAUUCGGGAGGCACUUCGAGUUAUUUUACCAAGGCGAUCUACGACUGCCAGGGGGUGGUGAGGGAGCGAAGGCUGUCGAGUUACCGACGCAGGAGGAGAUUGGGAUCAAGUACGGCGAGCCCAUUGUGUUUGAGCCACGUGAUGAGCCUACGCGGAUAUGGGGACAAGGCUAA